CGACUAUUACUUUUACGAUAAUUUUACAGCGGACCAACCAACAGUACCAAUCCAUCUUACAAAGGUUCAGCUCCAUUUCAACACAUCCGCUAACCUCUAAUUCCCUAAUUCCCUGCAGCAGUGUGUGCAUCUCUCGCCCUCUCUGUUGCGUGCAGGCGGAGAAUGAGCCAACCAUCAAAACACAAUCUGUCAGUAGAGCUCUAGUUUCCCCCGGUGAGACAACCCAGUGCUAGAAGGACUGAGAAUUAACUUACUGUCAACACACAGGAAUGCACACAGACAGAUUUCACUGCUUGUGGAAGAAACUAGCUCUUUGUAUAUUCGUGCACUCGUGUGUGUCAGAGGAAUCUGUUGUGAGCAGUGCUGUAGUCUUCCCCUAUGAUUUAGUGCUAGCAGCACUGAGGAUGAACCAACCCUUCACCACACACACACACACACUUAGUGAGGCGACCCCAGCCUUAGGGCUGAAAAUGAGGUUAUGAACCAAAGAGAUACAAAUGAGAGAAAUGCUCCAUUCAGUCAGUAAGGCCACUGGAUUAGCCUAUCACCCAGAGCUUGUUGCUGCCAUAGAGAGACCAAAAGAAAGGGAGAGUGAAAAGAUAGUGAUGGAGGGAGAGAGUGGGCUAGUGAGGGAGGGGGCAAUACUCAACCUGACAUUCUUGCUCUGGGGGUUUUCCUUGGCUCUGUCACAUGCAGCACGUGAGCAGGGAGGGAAGCAGACAUUAUGCAAAGAGCGCACACACAGUACAGAAGGUGCUGCCAGUAGGCUCAUUCCAUUACAGAGUGUAAUGGGCUGGAAGAUAGCUGUGUGUAGGGUUGACUGCAAAUGGUGUCUGGAAUCACUCUCUCUUUGCGUGUGUAAUGAGGAACACCUCUAGUUAUGUGUUCCCCGUCUCCUUCCCAGCCCUCUAUCUUCACAUGUAGUUUAUAGUAUAAAUCCUGUAAGUGAGGAUAGCAAUUAUUUUUUUACUGAAACAUUGGAUUCAUUUCAAUGAUAUGUAAUGAAUGGAAUCAAAAUAAGUAACUGAAUUGGAAAUCCUGAACUGCACUGUGGACUCCAUCUCUCUCUGUGUGUGUAGUGUUCUCAAGACUCAAGCUAUUACACCCAUUGCCCCAAGCAACAUAUUUGUCUGAGGUAAGAGCUCACCUUGUGAAUUCCUUGUGGUCUUAGGACGGCAUUGCAUUUUUACUCACACUGAACUGAGCUGUUAGCAAGCAGUAAAAUGGGUUGCUGAGCUCCUUAGCUUACCAGGGUCAUUCAGGGAGAGACUAGGAUCAAUGACAUUAAAAAGUCACCCAGCUUGUGGUAAUACAUUCUCUCUCUUUUUUUUUUUUUCACCUCUACAAGGACCAGGAAGUCAAUUUAACAUAAAAAAGUAUCUUCUGAUAUAAGAGGGAUGCUCCAAAUGAAACGACCUGUUUCUUAAUGUAAUCAAUUAAAUGUAUUUUUUUAUUGCCAAUCUGUCAUGCACAAAGGCUGUCCAAAAUUUUGCCAGGGUUAUUCAAAAUGUUCAUUACCAUGUUGACUGAUUACUUAUUUCAAAUUAACUUUAUCUUAGCUGUCUACUCCUGUUAUGAUACUGGGUGCUGUUAUUGAAUUAUUCAUAAUACACAUUUUGCUGUAUAAACAUGGUCUAAAAUUCUUCAAAUAUUUACUUUUAACAGCAUUGGGUGAUUUGUAAUGAGUCAAAUUGUGUGGCAGCUGAGAGCGAGGUGUGUGUCGUUACCACAGCUACAAAGCCAAAAUUGGCUAUAUCUAAAAAAUAAAAUACGUUUUUUGGUCUUAACUUAGGGUUAGGCAUAAUGUUAGCAGUGUGGUUAAGGUUAGGAUUAAAAUCAGAUUUUAAGAAGAGAAAUUGUAGAAAUAGGCGAGGGUUUAUGACUUUGUGGCUGUGGUAACUAGGGACGACCAGGGUGUGUUCAAGCCGAUCGUUUAAAAUCCUAGACAUGCGCACGGCGCUUCGGUUUGAAGAGAAUACGCCAUAUUGAAUCACCGUAGACUUCUGCUAGCGAUUUUUAGCUAGCUGUUUGAAAAGGACCAGUCUUCUAAUGGUCUUCAUUUGGCGUUACCAUUUCUCUCUGUCUUUGUAACACGGGUUAUUAUCACAUUUCUUGAGUCAGGGCAGUAGUGCAUUUUUAACGGGCACAUUGAUUUGCUUGAAGGGGGUUCAGAAAAAAAGUUGAAUGGAUCCGAGGCUGGCUUGGAAUCAGCCCGAGCAGAAAGGACCUGCGAACGCAUUAUGGAUGCGAAUCUGGGAGAUUUCUCAGGUACGAGCGACCUCCGGUCAGCAUCAUAAUAAUCAGAAACACAACCUGUGUGUGAAUUAUCCAGCGUUGGACGUUUAUAAAAAUGUUGCGGCAUUGAGCAAUAGCAUUUGCAGCAGUAGCCAUCACUGUAUUUCAAACCGCACUACUUCUAAUCACGGCACUGCAUUUUCCUCCUACGGGCCAACGUUACCCAAAGGCAACGUACAGAACAUAUUGACUCAGUCCAACGCGAACGGUAACAGUGUAACGACAGAUUUGUUGGGAGACAGUGGAAUGCCCCAAAAGACGGAAUCUGGAACGGACAGUCCAUCUUCGAACUGCUCGUUGGGAAGGACUUGCGGUGGCAAUGUAACGGGAAAUAGUAAUAAAAAUCCUGGAGUUGCCAAUCUGUUUUUUAGCUUCAGUGAAAGCAUGCAUAAUAAUGUCAACCAAUACCACCACCAAAGACAUCAUCAGGAUCACCCUCAGUACAAUUUCCAACAUAAUUGUGUGAAGCGUCACCCGCCAUCACCCGUAAAUAACCACACUCACCAUCCAGGCCGAAGGAAAAGUGACAACAAGGCGAGCACCUAUGGGAUUAAUUACUUGCUUUCUAACUGGACUAAUGACAACCAUGUUAGCUCGGGGACUGGAACUCCUUGGAAGACGAGGAAAUACAGCCCCGGUGUUGAUGGUCUCCAUGAGGAGAUGGUGGACUUCUACAACUUCAUGUCUCCCCAACCCGAGGAGGCUUCUAUGAGGAAGGAGGUGGUCAACAGAAUCGAGACGGUCAUCAAGGAGCUGUGGCCUACUGCCGACGUGCAGAUAUUUGGCAGCUUCAGCACUGGACUCUACCUACCCACAAGUGACAUAGACCUGGUGGUGUUUGGGAAGUGGGAACGCCCUCCGUUGCAGCAAUUGGAACAGGCCCUCCGGAAACACAACGUGGCGGAACCUAUCUCCAUCAAAGUGCUGGACAAAGCUACGGUGCCAAUCAUCAAGCUGACUGACCAGGAGACAGACGUCAAAGUGGACAUCAGCUUCAAUGUGGAGACGGGAGUCAAAGCUGCUCUCUUCAUCAAGGACUACACAAAGAGGUAUCCCGUGCUGCCUUACCUGAUCUUUGUGCUGAAGCAGUUUCUGCUCCAGAGAGAUCUCAGCGAGGUGUUCACUGGAGGAAUCAGCUCCUACUGCCUCAUCCUGAUGGUCAUUAGCUUCCUCCAGCUCCACCCAAGAAUUGACGCCAGUAGCCCCAACAUCAACCUUGGCAUCCUGCUGAUUGAGUUCUUUGAGCUGUACGGCCGCCAUUUUAACUAUCUGAAGACGGGCAUCCGCGUCAAGAACGGAGGGGCCUACAUGGCCAAGGAGGACAUGACGAAGGUUCUGACCAACGGCUACAGACCCUCCAUGCUCUGUAUAGAGGAUCCACUGAUGCCAGGUAACGACGUUGGCAGGAGUUCGUACGGAGCCAUGCAAGUCAAGCAGGUGUUUGACUACGCUUACAUCGUCCUUGGUCACGCCGUGUCACCGCUAGCACGCUCCUACCCCAAUAAGGACAUCGACAGCACUUUGGGGAGGAUAAUCAAGGUGACCCAGGAAGUGAUUGACUACAGGGAGUGGAUCAUGACGAAGUGGGGAGGAAGGCACCUCGCCCGCAUGGAGAGCCGGGGUUCUGUCUUGGAGCAGGACCCAGCACGGUGUGUGUUGGGUUUAGGUGUGGAGGAACAGAACUCCUCAGUCUCCCCUCACAGUGCAGACUCCCCCAUGUCCCUGUCCAGUCCUCACCAACACUCCUCAGUCUCCCCUCAAAGUGCAGACUCCCCCAUGUCCCUGUCCAGUCCUCACCAACACUCCUCAGUCUCCCCUCACAGUGCAGACUCCCCCAUGUCCCUGUCCAGUCCUCACCAACACUCCUCAGUCUCCCCUCACAGUGCAGACUCCCCCAUGUCCCUGUCCAGUCCUCACCAGAACUCCUCAGCCUCCUCGGUCUCCUCUCUGUCCGGGUCAGACAACGACUCUGAUUCGACGCCAUGCCCUGGCCGCCCUCCGGCACUGCCCCCCUACACCCUCCAGUCUCUGGGUAUGACUCUACCCCUGGGCCUGGCACUGGGCAAGCCUGGCAUCAACCAGCAGCACCUCAUCAUGUCCCCUGGCUCACAGGCAUGUAUGUCUUUGCCCAGUGGCCUGACGAUGCACUCCUUACCUGUCAGACAGGUGGGUAUAGACAUGACCCCCCCUACCCACCACCCUGCCCACCAUAACCCUCAUGUUCCAUCCAACCCCCAGCCUCUGUCCAGCCCCCACCCCACCAGCUACACACACCAGAAUGGUCCUAAGUUUCACGUGAAAGGCUUCCACAAUCCAGCUGUGGUCCACAGUCCCGCCCUGGCCAACCGCGCCCACACGCACCCUCUCACACACGCCCACACACACUCACACACGCAGUACCGCAACACCUGGCGCCGUCGGAAGAGGGACAGCCUGCCAGUAAGCCUGAGCAGAUAAAGGAUCAAACAACCCCCUUUUCCUCUCCUCCUGCCUUCAUCCCUCUCUCAUUCUGACUGAUUGGGAAGAAAACUUCACGAGACAAUGCUCCCUGCUGUUCAACUUGGAGGACAGGCAGGCAGAGGCACCAGACCAGCAUUGGGAUUCAUUCAACAAUUUGGGCUGCUGAACUUUGGCCCCGAGGAGGGAAAGAAGUGUAGCUCUGGGAAAACUCUUUCUCCAUCGCUCAUCCUCUCCCCAUUUCUGCAUGUUUUUUACUGCACAAUGAACCAACGGCCAACGAUACGGGAACGAGCAGUGCGACUAGCGAACAGAACGCAGCGCAACCCAACGUGCAUUCUGACCCCAGAACUUUUCCGCAGCUCUCCAGUCUGCUCUUUCACUUCCUGUUUGGGAUCCACAUUUUGUUUUCUUUUUGUUAAUGUUUAUUGUUCACAUUAAUAUUAAAAUAAUGGCGCUUUGCCCAUUUUCACAUACGUUCAAGGAGACUGAGGAUAGUGACAUCUUUGCCAGGUGGAAGUAGCGAAAGCCCAGUGUCGUGUUUAUUUUUGUUUUUUUGACUGGGUUGCGUUGUGAAGGCCUUUGUACUUGAACCCAGCAGCCAAGCUGUAUCUUAUUCAGUGUUCACACAAUGGACGGUUUCUAAUUUGUGCAAUAAUGUGUUCUAUUUUUUUUUAUCUUAUCAAUCUUUAUUUAAUUUUAAUUAUUCGUGUAUGUAAAGGAAUUUUGGUGUUAUGCUUUUAAGAUUGUAUUUUUUUUGCCAAGAGUUUACAGAACCUUUCCCCAGAUGGCCUCCGGUCUGGAGAGUGUGUGACGGAGUGUAUGUCUGUGUCAUGAGUGUGUGUCAAUUGGUGAGUUGUGGGUAUUUUGUUGGUGUCAAAGUAUAGUUGAAACCCCCCCAUGGGUGUUUUAUAAUGUGUGAAAAGGAAGAAUCAGAAGGAGCUAAGUCACUUCAGACUACUGCAAUGCAACCUCCUAUUGUUGACAGGUUAAAUGUCUGUAAUCUCACAUUGUCUCACUAGAUGGAGCUCUUACUACAGCAGAGUCACAGUGGACUGACUGACUGAGCUCUUACUACAGCAGAGUCACAGUGGACUGACUGACUGAGCUCUUACUACAGCAGAGUCACAGUGGACUGACUGACUGACUGAGCUCUUACUACAGCAGAGUCACAGUGAACUGACUGACUGACUGAGCUCUAACUAUAGCAGAGUCACAGUGGACUGACUGACUGACUGACUGAGCUCUUACUACAGCAGAGUCACAGUGGACUGACUGACUGACUGACUGAGCUCUUACUACAGCAGAGUCACAGUGGACUGACUGACUGACUGAGCUCUAACUAUAGCAGAGUCACAGUGGACUGACUGACUGACUGACUGACUGACUGACUGACUGACUGACUGAGCUCUUACUAUAACUGAGUCACAGUGGACUGACUGACUGACUGACUGACUGAGCUCUUACUACAGCAGAGUCACAGUGGACUGACUGACUGAGCUCUAACUAUAGCAGUGUCACAGUGGACUGACUGACUGACUGAGCUCUUACUACAGCAGAAACACAGUGGACUGACUGACUGAGCUCUAACUAUAGCAGAGUCACAGUGAACUGACUGACUGACUGACUGACUGACUGAGCUCUUACUAUAGCAGAGUCUCAGUGGACUGACUGACUGACUGACUGACUGAGCUCUUACUACAGCAGAAACACAGUGGACUGACUGACUGAGCUCUAACUAUAGCAGAGUCACAGUGGACUGACUGACUGACUGAGCUCUUACUAUAGCAGAGUCAUAGUGGACUGACUGACUGACUGAGCUCUUACUAUAGCAGAAACACAGUGGACUGACUGACUGACUGAGCUCUUACUAUAGCAGAGUCACAGUGGACUGACUGACUGACUGAUUGAUUGAGCUCUCACUAUAGCAGAGUCACAGUGGACUGACUGACUGACUGAGCUCUUACUAUAGCAGAGUCACAGUGGACUGACUGACUGACUGAGCUCUUACUACAGCAGAGUCACUGUGGACGGACUGACUGACUGACUGACUGACUGACUGAGCUCUUACUACAGCAGAGUCACAGUGGACUGACUGACUGACUGAGCUCUUACUACAGCAGAGUCACAGUGAACUGACUGACUGACUGAGCUCUAACUAUAGCAGAGUCACAGUGGACUGACUGACUGACUGACUGAGCUCUUACUACAGCAGAGUCACAGUGGACUGACUGACUGACUGACUGAGCUCUUACUACAGCAGAGUCACAGUGGACUGACUGACUGACUGACUGAGCUCUUACUACAGCAGAAACACAGUGGACUGACUGACUGAGCUCUAACUAUAGCAGAGUCACAGUGGACUGACUGACUGACUGACUGACUGAGCUCUUACUAUAGCAGAGUCAUAGUGGACUGACUGACUGACUGAGCUCUUACUAUAGCAGAAACACAGUGGACUGACUGACUGACUGACUGACUGAGCUCUUACUAUAGCAGAGUCACAGUGGACUGACUGAUUGAUUGAGCUCUUACUAUAGCAGAGUCACAGUGGACUGACUGACUGACUGACUGACUGAGCUCUUACUAUAGCAGAGUCACAGUGGACUGACUGACUGACUGAGCUCUUACUACAGCAGAGUCACUGUGGACGGACUGACUGACUGACUGACUGACUGACUGAGCUCUUACUAUAGCAGAGUCACAGUGGACUGACUGACUGAGCUCUUACUAUAGCAGAGCCACAGUGGACUGACUGACUGAGCUCUUACUAUAGCAGAGCCACAGUGGACUGACUGACUGAGCUCUUACUAUAGCAGAGCCACAGUGGACUGACUGACUGAGCUCUUACUAUAGCAGAGCCACAGUGGACUGACUGACUGAGCUCUUACUAUAGCAGAGCCACAGUGGACUGACUGACUGAGCUCUUACUACAGCAGAGCCACAGUGGACUGACUGACUGAGCUCUUACUACAGCAGAGUCACAGUGGACUGACUGACUGAGCUCUUACUAUAGCAGCGCCACAGUGGACUGACUGACUGAGCUCUUACUAUAGCAGAGCCACAGUGGAGUGACUGACUGAGCUCUUACUAUAGCAGAGCCACAGUGGACUGACUGACUGAGCUCUUACUACAGCAGAGUCACAGUGAACUGACUGACUGACUGACUGAGCUCUAACUAUAGCAGAGUCACAGUGGACUGACUGACUGACUGACUGAGCUCUUACUACAGCAGAGCCACAGUGGACUGACUGACUGAGCUCUUACUAUAGCAGAGCCACAGUGGACUGACUGACUGAGCUCUUACUACAGCAGAGUCACAGUGGACUGACUGACUGACUGAGCUCUUACUACAGCAGAGUCACAGUGAACUGACUGACUGACUGAGCUCUAACUAUAGCAGAGUCACAGUGGACUGACUGACUGACUGACUGAGCUCUUACUACAGCAGAGUCACAGUGGACUGACUGACUGACUGACUGAGCUCUUACUACAGCAGAGUCACAGUGGACUGACUGACUGACUGACUGAGCUCUUACUACAGCAGAAACACAGUGGACUGACUGACUGAGCUCUAACUAUAGCAGAGUCACAGUGGACUGACUGACUGACUGAGCUCUUACUAUAGCAGAGUCAUAGUGGACUGACUGACUGACUGAGCUCUUACUAUAGCAGAAACACAGUGGACUGACUGACUGACUGACUGACUGAGCUCUUACUAUAGCAGAGUCACAGUGGACUGACUGACUGACUGAUUGAUUGAGCUCUUACUAUAGCAGAGUCACAGUGGACUGACUGACUGACUGACUGACUGAGCUCUUACUAGAGCAGAGUCACAGUGGACUGACUGUCUGACUGAGCUCUUACUACAGCAGAGUCACUGUGGACGGACUGACUGACUGACUGACUGACUGAGCUCUUACUAUAGCAGAGUCACAGUGGACUGACUGACUGAGCUCUUACUAUAGCAGAGCCACAGUGGACUGACUGACUGAGCUCUUACUAUAGCAGAGCCACAGUGGACUGACUGACUGAGCUCUUACUAUAGCAGAGCCACAGUGGACUGACUGACUGAGCUCUUACUAUAGCAGAGCCACAGUGGACUGACUGACUGAGCUCUUACUAUAGCAGAGCCACAGUGGACUGACUGACUGAGCUCUUACUAUAGCAGAGCCACAGUGGACUGACUGACUGAGCUCUUACUAUAGCAGCGCCACAGUGGACUGACUGACUGAGCUCUUACUAUAGCAGAGCCACAGUGGACUGACUGACUGAGCUCUUACUAUAGCAGAGCCACAGUGGACUGACUGACUGAGCUCUUACUACAGCAGAGUCACAGUGAACUGACUGACUGACUGACUGAGCUCUAACUAUAGCAGAGUCACAGUGAACUGACUGACUGACUGACUGAGCUCUUACUAUAACAGAGUCACAGUGGACUGACUGACUGACUGAGCUCUAACUAUAGCAGAGUCACAGUGGACUGACUGACUGACUGAUUGAGCUCUUACUAUAACAGAGUCACAGUGGACUGACUGACUGACUGAGCUCUUACUACAGCAGAGUCACAGUGGACUGACUGACUGAGCUCUAACUAUAGCAGAGUCACAGUGGACUGACUGACUGACUGACUGAGCUCUUACUACAGCAGAAACACAGUGGACUGACUGACUGAGCUCUAACUAUAGCAGAGUCACAGUGGACUGACUGACUGACUGACUGACUGACUGACUGACUGACUGACUGACUGACUGACUGACUGAGCUCUUACUAUAGCAGAGUCACAGUGGACUGACUGACUGACUGACUGAGCUCUUACUAUAGCAGAAACACAGUGGACUGACUGACUGACUGACUGAGCUCUUACUAUAGCAGAGCCACAGUGGACUGACUGAGCUCUUACUAUAGCAGAGCCACAGUGGACUGACUGACUGAGCUCUUACUAUAGCAGAGCCACAGUGGACUGACUGACUGAGCUCUUACUAUAGCAGCGCCACAGUGGACUGACUGACUGAGCUCUUACUAUAGCAGAGCCACAGUGGACUGACUGACUGAGCUCUUACUAUAGCAGAGCCACAGUGGACUGACUGACUGAGCUCUUACUACAGCAGAGUCACAGUGAACUGACUGACUGACUGAGCUCUAACUAUAGCAGAGUCACAGUGAACUGACUGACUGACUGACUGAGCUCUUACUAUAACAGAGUCACAGUGGACUGACUGACUGACUGAGCUCUAACUAUAGCAGAGUCACAGUGGACUGACUGACUGACUGAGCUCUUACUAUAACAGAGUCACAGUGGACUGACUGACUGACUGACUGACUGACUGACUGACUGAGCUCUUACUACAGCAGAGUCACAGUGGACUGACUGACUGAGCUCUAACUAUAGCAGAGUCACAGUGGACUGACUGACUGACUGACUGAGCUCUUACUACAGCAGAAACACAGUGGACUGACUGACUGAGCUCUAACUAUAGCAGAGUCACAGUGGACUGACUGACUGACUGACUGACUGACUGACUGACUGACUGACUGACUGACUGACUGAGCUCUUACUAUAGCAGAGUCACAGUGGACUGACUGACUGACUGACUGAGCUCUUACUAUAGCAGAAACACAGUGGACUGACUGACUGACUGACUGAGCUCUUACUAUAGCAGAGUCACAGUGGACUGACUGACUGACUGACUGAGCUCUUACUAAAGCAGAGUCACAGUGGACUGACUGACUGACUGAUUGAUUGAGCUCUUACUAUAGCAGAGUCACAGUGGACUGACUGACUGACUGACUGAGCUCUUACUAUAGCAGAGUCACAGUGGACUGACUGACUGACUGACUGAGCUCUUACUAUAGCAGAGCCACAGUGGACUGACUGACUGAGCUCUUACUAUAGCAGAGUCACAGUGGACUGACUGACUGAGCUCUUACUAUAGCAGAGCCACAGUGGACUGACUGACUGAGCUCUUACUAUAGCAGAGUCACAGUGGACUGACUGACUGAGCUCUUACUAUAGCAGAAUCACAGUGGACUGACUGACUGAGCUCUUACAACAGCAGAGUCACAGUGGACUGACUGACUGACUGACUGACUGAGCUCUUACUAUAGCAGAAUCACAGUGGACUGACUGACUGAGCUCUUACUACAGCAGAAACACAGUGGACUGACUGACUGACUGAGCUCUUACUAUAGCAGAGACACAGUGGACUGAGCUCUUAGUCACACCCAAUAACAUAGCUGUUGUUUUUAAAACCUUUAUCUUUAUUUGGUGAGUGUGUGUGUGUGUUUGUGCACGCAUAUCAGUCAUAGGAGGACUUAGUCACCUAACGUUUGUGCCAUUUCCGCUACUCAGUCCUAGUAUAGACUAGGGCUGAAAACUCUUUCCCAUUGCAGGAGUUUGGCACAAGGCCAAGUACAUAUUGUAUGCUCCAAGUGUGUUUCUGUUGGUGUAUGUCUGUCAUUUUUUAAAGAUGUGCAUGGUAUGGGGGUGGAGUUAGAUUAAGGAACAGCAAAAAUGACCUGAAAAUUGGUGAGUGUUGUGAAAUGGCACCUUACCCCCUAUGUCAAGUAGUGAACUACGUAGGGGAUAGGGUACCAUUUAGAUAUGCCCUAAAAGACUAGGUGCUCUAAAGGCAAUAGGGUCUUUCUUCUUAGCGGGGGAGAAAGUUCUGGAGACUUCUGGAACAGUGGAGGAAAUGAGGAAAGGGAAUCAUUUUGAUUCCAUUCUGGAAUCUAGUGUAUAUUUGAUUGCCAGGUACUUCCGCUAGUUGUUUGUCUUUUCUUUGUGUUUAAUUGUGUGUGUGUGUGUGUGUCUCGUCUCUGCAAGUAUACAGCCCCACACACACACACACAAGUGACUGUGUGUGGCUGAGGCUCAGCGCGGUAGCUACACACUGAACAUAUGAUGUUAUUACUAUGCAAGUGGGUUAUUUUUGAGUGCCCCAGUAUUUCUGUUUCCAAUGACAACCACUGCUUCUUGGAUCGGAGUGACGUUACUGUAAACUCCAGUUUGAACGACUAGGCCUGUAAUUGGUGGGCUAGGCUAGAUGGUGGUUAGCCAGCCUCAGCCCGGUUACAAGUGAACCACAAAACUCUGUCUUUGUAUGCAAGUCCUGAUGUUUUAAAAGUCUCUAGUUUUGUAUUUCUAUCUGGCAGAAAGUCUAUGGAAGGGGAUGUGUGUUUAAGUGGUCAGGUAUCUGUAUGUCUGGCUUGUCUGAGCGAAUAGCAAGACUUUAUUUAAAUUUUUUAUGACACCCUAUUCUCUAUAUAGUGCAUGCUAUUGUACUCUAGUGCUGUUUUAAAGUAGGGCCCUAUAUAGGGGUUAGGGUGUCAUUUGAGUGGACAUGAGGAGCGACUUGCACUCUGUAGUGGACGACUUCAUACCCUUCCUAGUGCACUAGAGUCCUCUACCCUUACUGAGACAGUGUUAGGCGCCAACGUCACUCUCUGUAAUGUUACUAUAGCAACUUUUAACCACCAAUCAAAACUCGACCUGGCCAAUAUACCGCCUUUGACAGGGUCGUCGGCCCCAAAUGGCAUCCUGUUCUGAAUGUAUUGCACUACUUUUGAUUAGAUCUUUGUAGUGUCUUGUGGAAGGUAGCUGGGCUAUAUAGGACAUAGGGUGCCAUUUGGGACUCAAACUGUGUCUGCUUUUAGAGAAUAGAACCAGCUUCUGUCACAGAUGAGCUCAAACACUAUCUCUGGUUGGAGAUUUGUCAAGCCUGUCACUUGUCCACCAUUUUUACAGAUUCUAUUAAGACUGAAAUGUAGUGUGACGUCUGUAUGGAUUCAACUCUGUGUGCUUCCCAAUGGUCUACACAAGCUUCCUCCCCUCAUGUCCUUUAUCUGAUCUGAAAGAAAUUGGAACAGGUAAAAGCCAAUCCUUUGGUAGAUCUGCCAUUUUGUUUUCACCGAUCUAAAACCCUACUGAUCGGAGAGAUGUGGAGGAGAGGAAGCCUCUUUAGACCAUUGAGAACAAGAAACACAUGUACACAUAGAUGCAAUGUAAUGCACUCCAUUGCAUCACAAUGAGGGAUUUUAAACUUAACGGCCGCCAUUUUGUAAAAGGUGGCGGCUCUUCUGUCAUGGCCAACUCAUCUGAAGAGGAACUCCUAAAAUGGUCGCCAAACUAGCGGCGGUCACAGAGUGACAGCCUGGCUUUUGUUUUGAACAUUUUUUUAUGUACCAGUAUAUUUUUUUCUAUUUUAUUUUUUAAUAAACAUCAUAAAACUGCCAGUUA